UUCAGAUGAACUGCGCUAAAAUGUUUAACGUUUUCCAAUGUUUACCAGGAACGAUGCGGUGCCAGCUGAUGAUCUGUGCGGCCAUCGGAUUAUUCCUAGCAUUCAACAUCAAUGUUAACGAUGCCGUCAUCUUCAAGUUUACGAACGCCGUGUGUGAAAGUUACAAUCAGUCCUGGUUCGUGUUCCACUACUGUCGUCUGAAGGCCGUCAGUCGAAGCAAAGUGCUCUUCAAUAUGAAUGGGACGAUUUUACAUCCGGCCAAUAAUAUAAAAAUUCAUUUGCGGGUUUUUAAAAAGGCUAAUGGCUAUAAGCCUUGGCUUUUCGAUAUUUACUUUGAUGCCUGUCAGUAUUUCAGAAGGCGAAAUCUACCAGCUAUUAAUUUAGUCUACGGACUCUUCAAACAGUAUACCAACAUCAAUCACUCAUGCCCCUACGUGGGUUCACAGAUUAUUUCAGACUUUUAUCUAAGACCCGAGCUACUGCGUCUUCCCAUGCCAACGGGAGAUUAUAUGUUGUCGCUGCAGUGGAUAUUCGAUAAUAAGAUACAGUUUGAUACGAACAUCAGUUUUACGUUCAUAGAGGACCUCCUGAAGAGCAAAUAGUGGAGGCCUGCAGCCUGCAGACCCCUGAGAAUCUACAGAAAAUUGACAUAGAACAGUAGAAAAUUUUAAAUGAAAGCAAUUAUUGUACAGAUUUAUCAAAUACAU